AUGGGCCUCCUCGACGCGCUCUACCGCGUGGUGAUGCGCCGCAACGCCGUCUACGUCACCUUCGUCGUCGCCGGCGCCUUCGCGGGCGAGCGGGCGGUGGACUACGGCGUUCACAAGAUCUGGGAGAUGAACAACCUCGGGAGCACCUGCUUACCAUUAGCUUUUAAAGGGCAAGGGAAAGAAUAA